AUGACUGAGGACUUAGACCACAGAUUCAGUAGUCUCACCUGGGAUCAGAUUAAAAUCCUGGAUCAAGUUUUAGCUGAGGUCAUACCUAUUCAUGGCAGAGGAAAUUUUCCAACACUGGAUGUAAAGCCAAAGGAUAUCAUUCAUGUGGUAAAGGAACAGCUCAUUGAAAAGCAAAUCAACAUUAGAGAUAUCCGCCUGAACGGCUCGACAGCCAGUCACAUCCUAGUAAAGCAGAACGGAACCAGUUACAAGGACCUAGACAUCAUUUUUGGCGUGGAACUUCCAAGUGAGCUCGAGUUCCAGGUCGUUAAGGAAGCAGUUCUUAAUUGUCUAUUGGACUUCUUGCCAAAAUGUGUUAAUAAGGAAAAAAUCACUGCUCAGACUAUGAAAGAUGCCUAUGUGCAGAAGAUGGUCAAAGUCUCCACCGACCACGAUCGCUGGAGCCUCAUCUCACUGUCAAACAACAGCGGCAAGAAUGUAGAACUGAAGUUCGUCAACUCGCUCAGACGGCAGUUUGAGUUUAGCGUGGACUCCUUCCAGAUCAUACUGGACUCCAUAUUAAACGUUUACAGAGCAACAGACUGCAAACUGACGGAAGACUCUCACCCCACUGUCAUCGCUGAGAGUAUGUAUGGAGACUUCAACGAAGCAAUGGACCACUUAAAAUACAAACUGAUUUCCACAAGGAACCCGGAGGAAAUCAGAGGAGGUGGCCUCCUGAAGUACAGCAAUCUCCUGGUUCGUGACUAUAAGCCAGAAGACGAGGCUGAAAUUAAAUCUCUGGAACGUUACAUGUGCUCCAGGUUCUUUAUUGAUUUUCCAGAUGUUGCUGAGCAGCAGAGGAAAAUUGAGUCAUAUCUGCGCAACCACUUCAUUGGGGAAGAGAAAAGCAAGUAUGACUACUUGAUGACUCUGCGUGGAGUUGUAAACGAGAGCACAGUCUGUCUCAUGGGACAUGAACGAAGACAAACUCUGAAUAUGAUCACAAUUCUGGCUUUAAAAGUACUCGGAGAACAAAACAUCAUCCCAAAUGCAGCCAAUGUAACAUGCUAUUAUCAGCCUGCUCCAUAUAUCAGUGACAGAAACUUCAGCAAUUACUACAUUGCUCACGGACAACCACCUAUCAUCUACCAGCCGUACCCAUUUCACAUACAAAUGCAAAGCGGCAUGGUUUAGGAACACGAUAACCUCCUCAGCACUUACACUCCUCUCUCUUUCCAAUUCUCUCCGUAAUAAAGGCCUCAUUAAA